UCGCUCAGAGAGGCGCCGUCGGGAGGGGGGGUGACGAGGGGCGCUAGCGGGGCCCUCGAGCUGAAGGCAGAGAGCCGUGGGGGGUGGGAGAAACUUCUUCCAGAACCUUCCUUUGGCCCAGGCUGCGCUCUGAGCCAGGCACCACAUUCAUAUUCGGAGGAGGCGACCCCCGGGUCGCGGGAUGGAAGCGCGCGUCCGAGAGGCUGUGUAACUGGAGCCGCGGGAGUCAGCGGGCCGGAGAGCGCGGCGGGCCACCCUCGGCUCAGUUCGUGGAUGUUGACCGCCCCCUCGGAGAGUCCCCGCAGACAUGGCGGAGAGCUGGCUACGCCUCUCGGGAGCAGGGGUGGUGGAGGAGGCCGGGUCUGAGGGCAGCCUCGAGGAGCCCGAUGCCCUGGAUGACAGCCUGACCAGCCUGCAGUGGCUGCAGGAAUUCUCCAUUCUCAACGCCAAGGCCCCCGCCCUGCCCCCGGGGGGCACCGACCCCCACGGCUACCACCAGGUGCCAGGCUCGGCGGCGCCGGGUUCCCCCCUGGCGGCGGACCCCGCCUGCCUGGGGCAGCCGCACACGCCCGGCAAGCCCACGUCGUCGUGCACGUCGCGGAGCUCGCCCCCAGGGCUGCAGGCCCCGCCCCCCGACGACGUGGACUAUGCCACCAACCCGCACGUGAAGCCGCCCUACUCUUAUGCCACGCUCAUCUGCAUGGCCAUGCAGGCCAGCAAGGCCACCAAGAUCACCCUGUCAGCCAUCUACAAGUGGAUCACGGACAACUUCUGCUACUUCCGCCACGCUGAUCCCACCUGGCAGAAUUCCAUCCGCCACAACCUGUCCCUGAACAAGUGCUUCAUCAAAGUGCCCCGGGAGAAGGAUGAGCCCGGCAAGGGGGGCUUCUGGCGCAUCGAUCCCCAGUACGCCGAGCGGCUGCUGAGCGGGGCCUUCAAGAAGCGGCGGCUGCCGCCAGUCCACAUCCACCCAGCCUUCGCCCGCCAGGCCGUGCAGGAGCCCAGCAGCACCCCGUGGCCCGGGCCGCUGACCGUGAACACGGAGGCCCAGCAGCUGCUGCGGGAGUUCGAGGAGGCCACCGGGGAGGCAGGCUGGGGUACAGGCGAGGGCAGGCUGGGGCAUAAGCGCAAACAGCCGCUGCCCAAGCGGGUGGCCAAGGUCCCGCGGCCCCCCAGCACACUGCUGCUGACCCAGGAGGAGCAGGGCGAGCUGGAACCCCUCAAAGGCAACUUUGACUGGGAGGCCAUCUUCGACGCUGGCACUCUGGGCGGGGAGCUGGGCACGCUGGAGGCCCUAGAGCUGAGCCCGCCACUGAGCCCUGCCUCGCACGGGGACGUGGACCUCACUGUCCACGGCCGACACAUCGACUGCCCCACUACCUGGGGGCCUCCAGUGGAUCAGGCUGCCGACAGCCUGGACUUUGACGAGACCUUCCUGGCCACGUCCUUCCUGCAGCACCCCUGGGACGAGAGUGGCAGUGGCUGCCUGCCCCCGGAGCCCCUGUUUGAGGCCGGGGAUGCCACCCUGGCUGCUGACCUGCAAGACUGGGCCAGCGUGGGUGCCUUCUUGUAAGAGGCCAGGCCCCGCCCCACCUCUGGACAGUGCCCGAGUCAGGGCCCAGACUGCCCCUCAACACAGGCCCAUGGACACCCUACCACCCACGCAGGGGCUGGGCCAGGUCUCCCAAGGCUGGCCCCGUGAGGCCACAUGGCCCCCAGCCUGGGCUGCCCUCAGAUUCUAGCCCCGGAGGCUGAGAACUGAGGCCCAGGACCAGAAUUGCUGCCUCCCCUCCCCCCCCCCCCCCAUACACACAGUGUUUCAUUGACCCUCAUCUUCCCUGCCCCAGGGACUGCUAAGGGCCCUGCACUGUGAGAGCUGUGGCCUGGAGGGGCCCUGGCCAAGCUGGAGAGCAAUAGUACAGGGCCCGCCCCAGAGCACCUUGGCCUCAAUGUUUCUCCCUUUCCCAGCUUUCCUCCCCAGGUCUCUAUCCAGAGAAAGUUCCCAGGUACAACAAAUGCUAAUUAGAUGACAGCAAAUUAACCCCCUGGAGGCCUCUCCCGGCAAAGCCUCCCUGGGGCUGGGGCAGGCAGGAGAUGGGGCGGAGCUGGGGGGAGGGGCAGAGAGAGGAGACAGAAAAGAGGUGGGGUACCUGGUGGGCAAGAUUUUCUAAGGCUUCUGGGGUCUUCUCCUGGCUCUAUCCCUGGAGGUGGGGCAGAGGGUGUAAAUCCCCAAUCUCUUAGCCAACUUGAGGCUGAGAGCAGCGAGGAGUUGGGCUUCUGGGGGUCUGGGGGCAGGGUCCGCUAAGCUGCAGAGGGGAGUGGGACAGACAGACUAAUGUAGUGAGUGUAGUUAUAGCUAGGUCUUAACAGGGAGGGGCACCGAGCUUGCUGGAACCACUGGGACCAGCUGGGGGGAUCGCCCUGCGCCCCUGCCUGUACUUGUUGGGGGACAGUAUCGUGCUCCACCCUGAGCCCCCUGGGCUGCGUCCCACAUCCACCCUCCUGCCCCAUGGGGCAAUUUAACCUUUUUCAUGGAAAGUUAUUUGCAAUAAAAAUUUUAAAAAAUAAAGUUUUUAAAAAU